ACAAGCGAGUUAGGUGAGUUCCAGUCCAACAGGAAGUGAGCUACCUGCAUCUUAGCUAGCUAGCUAGCUGCAGGCUGGCCUGCCACCGAAUAACGCGGCUUCAUUUAAAAGGGAACGGUUUCUCUCAUGUGAGGCACAAGGCUGACACAGCAUCAGGCACAAAAACUACAUGGCGCUAAUCAACCCUAAAAAAUGCUUCUAAUAUCUGAGGAAUCUCAAUAGAGCUGAACUAACUGGACAUGAUGCUUGCCUGGCUGGUCUCUCUGCUGAGUAUGGAAGUACUACUGUUAGCAAAGCCUUACUCGAGUUUCCAGAUUGAACCCGCAGAAGGUAGCCUUGCAGGAGGAACAUGGAUCACAGUUGUAUUUGACGGUUUGAAUAGGAGUAUUCUUUACCCCAACAAUGGCUCUCAGCUGCAGAUAGACCUGGUGAGUGUGGCAAUACCUACCUUGAGAAUCCCCUGUGACGUCUCUCCGGUCUUCGUGGAUUUGCCUGUGGUGACAUGCCAGACCAGGUCUCUUCCAUCAGAAGCACAUGCAGGGCCAUACUCCCUGGAAAUAGGCUCUGGGGAGCAAGUGCUAGGUGCUCCAUGUCCUGGAUCACUAGACAGCUGUACUUUCAAGUUUUCCAAGGACCAGACACCUGUUUUAUAUCAAGUUUACCCAGCAAGUGGAGUUCCAGGAGAAGUAGUGUCCGUGUACGGCCGGGUCAUCACUACCUGGCUGGAGACCUUCGAUCCUGAUGUGGACUACAUAGAGAGCCCAUUGAUCCUAGAAGCUGGAGAAGACAAAUGGCUUACUCCCUGUUCUCUUAUAAACAGGCAGACAGGAAGCUGUUUUCCCAUCCGGGAGGAGCAUGGCCUUGGGAAUGUGCAGUGUCGUGUGGAAGGCGAUUAUAUUGGUUCUCAUAAUGUUAGUUUUUCAGUAUUUAACAAAGGGAGGUCGAUGGUGCAUAAGGAAGCCUGGCUCAUCAGUGCUAAACAGGAACUGUUCCUGUACCAGACAUACCCAGAAAUCUUAUCCGUGUUUCCAAAAGUUGGGAGCCUUGGGGGAAGAACAGAUAUCAUCAUUACAGGAGAUUUCUUUGACCCUUCUGCCCGGGUUAGCAUUGCAGGCAUCCCAUGUGAUAUUAGAUAUGUGUCUCCCAGGAAGAUUGAGUGCACUACCAGGGCUCCAGGAAAUGAAGCACGGCUCACUGCUCCUCAGGCAGGCAAUCGAGGACUCCUUUUUGAAGUUGGAGAUGCUACUAAGGAUGUGGCGCUGACUGAAGCCACCCCAGGGUACAGGUGGCAGAUAGUUCCUAAUGCCAGUUCUCCAUCUGGCUUUUGGUCAAAGGAAGAGAGACCUUUCAGAGCACGGCUCAGUGGGUUCUUCGUGGCUCCACAGACAAACAAUUACACAUUCUGGAUCCAGGCAGACAGCCAAGCUUCCUUGUGUUUCAGUUCUUCAGAGGAGCCAAGGAGCAAGGUAGAAGUGGCCUCUGUUGGGGUUGGCACUGCUGACUGGUUUGACUCUUGGGAGCAGAUCGGGAAUGAAGGGAGCUGGCACAGGAAGACAACCAAGCUAGAACUGCAGGGCGGAGCCAAGUACUACUUGGAAGCAGAGCAGCAUGGGAUAGCUCCCAGCCGAGGGAUGAGAAUUGGUGUCCAGAUCCACAACACCUGGCUGAAUCCAGAUGUGGUCAACACUUACCUUCUGGAGAAACACCAGAUCCGAGCCCAAGCCCAGAGACUUCCAGAAAUACAGGUGUUGAAUGUGUCAGGUAAAGGAAACUUUAUCCUUACUUGGGGCAAUGUCUCCAGCGAACCAGUUCCUGCAAAUGCCACAGCCCAACAGAUCCAAACCACCAUUGAAGAGUUGCUUGUGGUGAAAUGCAAUCUGGCACCCUUUUCGGCCCGUGUUCUUCUCCGGCUUGGAUUUGAGCAAGGUUUAGAAGGCUCCAGGUCUGAUGGGGUCCUCACUAGUUCAACUGAACCCUUCUGUGGCAGAUUCAGCCUUGGUCAACUUGGACAUCUUAUCCUAAUUCCAGAGGCUGCUGACAAGGGCUAUCAGCUGGAUCGAUACCCGUAUCUGUGCCUUGCAUACAGAGGCCAUAUGAACAAGACCCUGGAUGUGACUGUUUCUUUCCUAUUUGGCUUCGAAAAUAUCAUGAAGAAUAUCACCUGUGACUGGAGUCUUACUGAUCCCCACCCUGAGAGCUGGCAGUUCACUUGCAUUAACCUCUGGGACACAUGUCUAUGUCACUCUGAGGAUCGCCAGUCUUCUCUGGCAAACACCCCAUUGCUGGUUCAUCGGAUGGACAUCCGCCCCGUGGUUCCGGACGCAGGCCUGCUCUACGUGGAUGAAAUUAUUCUUGCAGAUACCAACGUAACAGUUUCUCGAGCUGAUUCUGGAAGAGCCUACCCAGGUGGGAAUGUGGUGGAGUCAGUAUCGGUGGUGGGAGUCCCUCCAGUCUACAGCAUAGCCUCCUGGUUGGCAGGAUGUGGUUCAGAGCUCCCUCUCAUCACUGCAUGCUCUGUGUCCACGGAGGGAACAGGAGAUGGAUAUGAAUUGAUUGAGGUGACAGCUCAAAGACUCCAGAGGACAAGCCCUCCUUUGGGAGGACACUUCUUCCUCUACCUCUCUGACACAGUGAUACCUGAUGUUCCGGUGCGCAUGUCUGCCCGACAGCUGCAUAAGCUACUGCAGGACAGUGCUGAUGAGUCCACAUCUGGAUUUCUCAAUGCCGGUGACUUCACUGUGACAGAGGAUCUGAAUUCCUGCUAUGAACAUGUGUGGACUCUUUCUUGGACCACUCAGAUUGGGGAUUUGCCCAAUUUUAUUAGGGUCUCUGAUCAAAAUCUUACUGGGGUGAAACCCACCAUAACUGCUCGCGUGGUAUAUGACGGUGGAGUUUUCCUUGGACCCAUCUUUGGAGACAUGUUGGCUACUGCCAACCAGCAAACUCAGGUGGCUGUACAGGUGAAUGACAUACCAGCCUAUUGUUCAGGCUCCUGUUCUUUCCAAUACCAGCAAGAGUCAACUCCCAGCGUGGAUCAUGUGUGGUACUCCCUUGGAAGCAAUGUAAACUUGCUGGUUCAUUUUACUGGAAUUGGUUUCCCUAGAGACGCCCAGUUCUUACAGGUCACAGUGAACAAAACUAGCUGUGAAGUUCUUUUCUCAAACGAAACCAAUGUGGCCUGUGAGCUGUCCCUGCUACCAGUUGGAGUGCACCAGAUUUUUAUGCUGGUGAUACCGUCAGGCCUUGCUGUUAAUGCCAGUGGAGAAGACCUCCUUCUGCAUGUGGAACCCAGGCUGGAUGCUGUGGAGCCUUCUACAGCUGCAGAGAUUGGAGGACGGUGGGUUACUCUCCGAGGUUCUAGUUUGGAAGGUGUUAGCCUGGUGUUAUUUGGAACUCAGUCAUGUGCCAUUGAUGUCAUUAGAAGCAAUUCACAACAAGUUCAAUGCGAAGCCCCACCUAGGGGGAAAGAUGGCUACACUGUGAAUGUGACCGUGAUCAGUGGCGACCACUCUACAGUUCUUGCCAGAGCAUUUACAUAUGUCUCCUCUUUAAAUCCAGUGAUUGUGUCAUUGAGCAGAAACAGAAGCAACAUAGCAGGAGGUGAGAUUCUGUUCCUUGGGAUGUCACUGCUGGUGAACUACACAGAUCUGGAUGUGCAAAUCUAUGUGCAGGAUACUUCUGCUCAGGUCCUUUCACAGACAGUGUGGGGACUGGAGGUAGUGUUGCCUCCACUAGUGCCUGGCAUCCAUGCAAUUUCAGCAUUCAUCAAUGGAGUCAGUAUUCGUUCACAAGGGGUUGAUCUCUAUAUCCAGUACCUCACUGAAGUUUUCAGCGUGGAACCUUGCUCUGGGUCUCUCUUGGGUGGAACUCUCCUCAGUCUCUUAGGAACAGGACUGGGUAGAGACCCAGCUCUGAUUCGCGUGCUUGUGGACAAUCAUCCUUGUGAUAUUGUCAACUUAACGGAAGUAAACAUUUGGUGUGAGACUCCUCCAGCUGUACUACCACCCACGGCAGAUGUUCUCACUGUCUCAGCCUCUGUGGAGAUCUGGGCUGGCAACACUUCCUUCUUCCAUGGACCAAGCUUGGUGGGGAAGGGCUUUACCUUCACAUAUGAAGCAGCAGCAACACCAGUGGUCACUGCUAUGUGGGGAGAAUUCAGGAACAACAGUGUGAGGUUUUAUGUGGAAGGAAAUAACAUCUCUGACUCAGUCAUUCUUUUGGGGUCCUUGAAAUGUGAACUUGAAGUACAAUUUUUUGGUGAUAGCAUGAACCUGUCUGGGUGCUCCCUUCCUCUCCAUCGUUUGGAAGCUGGGGUCUAUACUCUCCAAGUUCGUCACAAGAGGAUGGGGUUUGCCAAUAUGUCUAUGGUUCCUCAGAAAUUUGAGUUGUCACCUCAGAUUAUUGCUAUCUCUCCAACACAGGGGUCUAAAUGUGGUGGGACAGUACUUACUGUGAAGGGCAUGGCCUUCAGUUCCAGAAGAAGGUCAGUUCAUGUUGACAUUUUAGGUCCUUUUGCUUGCAUGAUUUUGAGUUUGGAAGACCACACAGUCCUAUGCCAGACCAGAUUUGUGGGUGACCAGUUUUCUGAAAUAUCAUUGGCUCUAAACAUCACAGUUGUGGUCAAUGGGCUGACCAGCAAGUGUAAGGGGAACUGUACACUCUUCAUAGAGGAAGCAGCAACUCCUAUUGUGGAUGCUUUGACUAUAAGCAUCAGUGGGUCUCUAACCAUGGUGCUGAUGAGAGGCCGGAGGUUAGGUACCACUGCUGAUGAGCCAAUAGCAUUUGUGGAUGAUCAACUUCCCUGCCACACAACGUUCUUCAAUACCAGCCAUGUGGCAUGCCAGAUAAGAGAUUUGGCCCCAGGGUUCCACUAUCUGUCAGCUGUUCAUACAAGUGCUGGAUAUGCCUGCCUCAAUAGUGUUUCUAGAAACUUCUUCAUCGUGCCUCAGGUGCUUGAUUAUUUUCCUAAGGAUUUUAGCAUCCAUGGUGGAAGUCUCUUGACGAUAAAAGGCACAGCCCUGCAAGGAUGGAAAGCUACAGUUGUCUAUGUUGGCCGGCAGGCUUGUCUAACAGUGAACAUCAGUUCUGACUUCAUCCAGUGCAUUGCUCCUGCAGGAAAUGGCUCUGCUGCUCUGGAAAUUGAUGUUGAUGGAGUAUUAUAUGACAUAGGAUUUGUUGAUUACAGCAGCAUCUUCACCCCAGAAUUGCUUUCUGUUUCACGGAGCCAAGACAUCUUAACCUUUACAGUGGCCCGGAUCUCAGGGGCUGCAAAUGUUGACAUUUUUAUUGGGACAUCACCGUGUCUAGGUGUUGCUGGCAACCGUACAGUUCUCCAGUGCAUGGUCCCUUUGCUUCCUGCUGGGGAGUAUCUUGUCACAGGUUAUGAUCACAGCCGAGGGUGGGCCUCAUCCACUCUCAUUCUUGUGCUGAGAGCUACUGUGACCUCAGUGACCAAGAACUAUGGCUGCCUGGGUGGAAGGCUUUUGCAUGUGCUCGGAGCAGGAUUUUCUCCAGGGAACAUCUCAGCUGCUGUAUGUGGUGCUCCAUGCCAAGUCUUGGCUAAUGCGACAGUGUCUGCCUUCAGCUGCUUGGUUCUGCCCCUGGAUGUGUCCUUGGCUUUCCUAUGUGACCUGAGGCGUGCAGAAGACAGCUGUAAAGUCAGGAGCUCCACCUACUUGCGAUGUGAUUUGACUGUCUCCAUGGGGACAGAGAGACUGCCUAGAUCCUGGCCUUACGUCUACCUUUGUGAAGAGAGUUCCCUGUGCCUCUUCGAACCAGAUCACUGGACAGAGUCAGUCUUUCCAUCGUUCUCAGGCCUCUUCCUCAGCCCUAAAGUGGAAAGAGAUGAAGUUCUCAUCUAUAAUAGCUCCUGUAACAUUGCCAUGGAAACUGAGGCAGAGAUGGAGUGUGAGACGCCUAAUCAGCCAAUUACCGCCAAGAUUACUGAAAUACAGAAAAGCUGGGGCCAGAACACUCAGGGCAACUUUUCCUUCCAAUUCUGCCGAAGGUGGUCCAGGCCUCAUAGUUGGUUUCCUCAAAGACUGCCACAAGAUGGCGACAGUGUCACAGUGGAGACUGGUCACCUGCUACUGCUUGAUGCGAACACUAGUUUCCUGAACUCCCUGCACAUUAAAGGUGGCAAGCUGAUCUUCAUGGAUCUGGGACCCAUUGAGCUCAGAGCCCACUCCAUCCUUAUUACAGAUGGUGGAGAGCUCCAUAUUGGAUCUGAGGAAAAGCCUUUUCAAGGCAAAGCUCAGAUCAAAAUCUAUGGAAGUGUCCAUUCCACUCCCUUCUUUCCCUAUGGGGUCAAGUUCCUAGCUGUGAGGAAUGGAACUCUUUCCCUGCAUGGUUCAGUUCCAGAGGUUACUGUCACGUAUCUUCAAGCAGAUGCACAUGCGGGAGACAAAGUGUUGACUCUAGGGGAAGCUGUGGACUGGAAGCCUGGGGAUAAGGCUGUCAUUACCAGUGGGAUGACUGUGGAAGGAGCUGAAGCAACAGAAGUUGUUGUUGUAGAAACUGUCCACAAUGCAGACCUCCAUCUCAGGAACCCCCUGAGAUAUUCCUACAAUUUCAGAGAGAACUGGGUAGCUGGAGAGAAUCAUAUUUUGAAGCCAACAGUUGCUCUCCUCAGUAGGAACAUUAUCAUCCAAGGAAAUCUCACUUUUGAGAGGGCAAAGCUUCUCAAUUCAUGCCAGGAGGCCAGCACUACUAAAGGUAACUUGAAGCACUGUUUGUAUUCUAAGAGUGAGAAGAUGCUGGGAGCCAGGGAUCUGGGGGCCAGAGUCAUCAUUCAGUCCUUCCCAGAGGAACCCAGCUCGGUCAAGCUGAAGGGAGUACAGUUCAGAGACCUGGGACAGGCCUUCCAUAAGCACCUGAGCUCACUCACACUGGUGGGAGCUAUGAGAGGCUCUUAUCUCCAAAGCUGUUCAGUGUGGAACUCCUUCAACAGAGGCCUUAGCAUGCACAGGACCUGGGGUCUGAAGGUGGACAGUAAUAUAUUCUAUAAGAUUGUAGGUCAUGCCCUGGUGCUGGGGUCCUAUCUGGACAGAAGGUUUAACACUAGUGAGACUGUUACUGGAAGAAAAAAUGGUUGGUGGGAACAGGGAAGUACAAUAAGAAACAAUGUGAUCAUCAGUGUUUCUGCGGCUGAGGGACUGUCCGGUUCUGAAAUGUUGGCACCAGCUGGCAUCUACACUUUCAGUCCCACCAAUGUGAUCGAAGGCAACAGAGUGUGUGCAGCUGGGUAUGGAUAUGUCUUCCACCUUGUGACCAGCCAAACAUUACAAGCUCCGCUCCUCUCAUUCAAUUGGAAUACUGCUCAUUCUUGUACAAGAUAUGGUCUCCUUGUAUAUCCUAAAUUUCAACCACCUUGGAAUAAUGACACUGGCUUCACUCUGUUCCAAAACUUCAUGGUUUGGGGAAGUGCUGGUGGUGCCCAGAUUUUUAGAAGUAACAAUCUACACCUGAAAAACUUCCAAAUUUAUGCAUGCAGAGAUUUUGGAAUUGACAUUUUGGAAAGUGAUGGGAACACUUUGAUUACUGACAGCUUUUUACUUGGUCAUUUCACCCACAAGGGAAGUCUAUGUAUGUCAGCUGGGAUCAAAACUCCCCAAAGAUGGGAACUGACCAUUUCAAACACAACUUUUGUUAAUUUUGAUCGCAACUGUGUGGCCAUCAGAACCUGUUCUGGCUGUUCCCAAGGACAGGCAGUUCUGGAAGACUUAGACGGGUCCCUGUCUGGGAAAAAUGGGUCUCAUGUUCUUGCUUCUAUGGAAACCCUCUCAGACACAUGCUUGACCAAUGCAAGCUUCAGUCAGAUUGUCCCUGGCAGCGUCUGUGGGGAAGCUGUUCUCUUCCAUCGUAUGUCUAUUGCUCUAGCCAAUAGCCUUGAUGUUCCUAAGGAUUUAACCAUUACUGACAUCAGUAAUAAGACAAUCACUGUCAAUUAUGUGGAAGACACCUUGUCUAACUACUACGGCUGGAUGGCUCUACUCUUGGAUCAAGAGACCUACUCGCUGCAGUUUGAGAGCCCUUGGAUGAACAGAUCUCUGCAGUACUCAGCAACGUUUGACAGCUUUGCCCCUGGAAAUCACCUCCUGAUAAUGCACAGGGACCUACCACCUUAUCCUGACAUCCUCCUCAGAUGUGGGAGUCAGGAGGGCCAGGCACUUCCAUUUCAGCCUUUGCCUAGUCAAGACAGAGCCUGUGAUUGGUUCUUCAAUAGGCAGUUGAGGCAGCUCACCUACCUGGUUUCAGGUGAAGGUCAAGUUAAGGUAUUUCUCCAACUGAAGCCUGGUGUACCUCCAAGUGUUUCAGCUUCUACAUCAGUACCUGAAUCAGCUUCAAGAUGGUCUCUUCCUGAAACUUGGCAAGAUGUUGAAAAAGGCUGGGGAGGAUACAACCACACCAUCCCAGGACCCGGUGAUGAUGUCUUGAUUUUACCCAACAAGACUGUUCUUGUGGAUACUGAUCUACCAGUGCUUCGAUGCCUCUAUGUGAUGGGUACCUUAGAAUUCCCUGUGGACAGAAGCAAUGUUCUGAGUGUGGCAUGCUUACUCAUUGCAGGAGGGGAGCUGAAAGUAGGCACUUUGGAAAACCCCUUAGAAAAAGACCAAAGACUUCUGAUAUUCCUUAGAGCCUCAGAAGAAGUCUUCUGUGACUAUUUUGAAGGAAUUCAUGUUGACCCAGGAACAAUUGGAGUUUAUGGGAAACUCCGCCUUCACAGUGCUUAUUCUAAGAAAUCCUGGGUACAGCUUGGAGCUGACAUUGCACCAGGAAAUGAGAGGAUUAUAGUACGCAGUGCCGUGGAUUGGCAGCCCCAUGACACAAUUGUCCUCAGCUCUUCUUCUUAUGAGGCCCAUGAGGCAGAGGUCCUCACUGUGAAGGAAGUCAAGGGCCAUCACAUCAGGAUCUAUGAACGUCUAAAGCACAGGCACAUCGGAAGUACCCACAUCAUGGAGGAUGGUCAACAGAUUCAUUUAGCUGCUGAGGUUGGGCUGUUGACCAGAAACAUUAGAAUUCAGCCUGACUCAUCCUGUAGAGGGAGACUCCUUGUGGGGUCCUCCAGGAAGUCUAGCGGAGAAGACUUUUCUGGUGUUCUUCAACUUCUCAAUGUAGAAAUUCAGAACAUGGGGUUGCCAUUGUAUUCAUCUAUUGAAUUUACUGGUGUAUCAGCUGGAUCCUGGGUAAUAUCUUCUACUGUACAUCAAAGCUGCAGUGUGGGCAUCCAUGCAUCUUCCAGCCAUGGGGUGAUUUUAACUGAUAAUGUAGUGUUUGGCACAAAUGGCCAUGGCAUCGAUGUGGAGGGUCAGAACUAUUCUCUCACCAAUAACCUUGUCAUUCUGACAAUGCAGUCAGCAAACUCAUCUCCUUGGGUGGCAGGAAUCAAAGUGAACUAUGCAGAGGACAUCAUUCUCCAUGGCAAUGUGGUUGCAGGAUCCGAGAGACUUGGCUUUCAUGUCGGUGGUCAUGGGUGCUCCUCUGAAGUGCUUUGGUCUGACAAUGUGGUUCACUCAAGCCUCCAUGGCCUUCACCUCUACAAGAAACAUGAAUCCAACAACUGUACUGGUAUCUCUGGAUUUAUGGCUUUUAAGAACUUUGACUAUGGUGCCAUGGUUCAGACAGAGAAUAGUGUGGACAUACAGAAUAUCACUCUGGUAGACAAUACUGUUGGUCUUUUGGCUCUCACAUAUGUAUCUUCUACUCUUCUAAGCUCUGUCAGUACUGUACAGAUUACACUUAGGAAUUCAGUCAUUGUGGCCACUAGCUCCUCUUUUGACUGCAUCCACGACAGAAAGGCUCCUCAGUCAGCCAACUGGACAUCAACAGAUAGAGCACCUUCCAAUCCCAGAGGAGGCCGAAUCGGGAUUCUGUGGCCUGUUUCUGCCUCAGAACCAAAUGCAUGGCCCCAGGAGCCAUGGCACAAAGUAAGGAGCCGUCAUUCAGUUCCAGGAAUUAUGAAGCUUCAAGAUGUCACCUUUUCUAGUUUUGUGAAGAGUUGCUAUAGCAACGACCUGGAUGUCUGCAUCCUGCCUAAUGAGUAUAGCACUGGAGUUAUGUACCCAAUAACAACAGAGAGGACCAGAAUGCUGGGGAUAAAGGACAAAAACAAGUUCUACUUUCCUCUAUUACAGUCCAGCAAAGACUUAGUGGGAACCAUUUGUCCCACAUUGGUCUGUGAAUAUCCAAGAAAAUACCUCUUCACAGAUCUUGAUGGGAGAACCCUGGGUCUACCCCCACCAGUUUCUGUGUUUCCAAGGACAGAGGAAGAGUGGACUGGAUCAUUCCUCAAUACAGGUAUAUUCAGAGAAGAACAGAAAUGCACAUUCCGAGCGAUGAACCAGGGCUUCUUCUGUAAGCAGACUGAGCAUGCGGUCCUAAUUCUCGAUAAUGUGGAUGCAACUUGGACAAUCCCCAAAUCACACCCACUUGUAUCUGUUACUAAUGGCUUUGUGGACACAUUUAGCAUUGUGAAGGACAGUGAUUUAUGCUCUCCCACAAGCUCUCUGUCUACUUUUUAUUCCAUCUUGCCCACCAGACAAAUGACCAAAGUAUGCUUUCCAGAGCAAACUCCUCCAUUCCUGCGUUUUCUUCUAUUGGGAAACCAAAGAGCCUCCAAGCUCAUCUUGGCUGUAUUCUACAAUGAGAUUCAGAGCCCUCACGUUUUCUUAGACAAGAGCUUUAUUCCACCUACUCCAUUAAAGUCAGCAUCUUCAUUGUUGGCUGAGCCCUCUGGUGCCAACUAUUUCGACAUCAUGAAUAACCUCUUGUAUGUUGUCCUGCAAGGAGAGGAGCCUGUUGAAAUACAUUCAAGCGUUUCCAUUCAUUUGGCUUUGACUGUGACAUUUUCAGUCCUAGAAAAGGGCUGGGAGAGAGCAAUGCUUGAAAGCCUAACUUACUUCUUCCAGAUUGACCCAAACCAAAUCAGACUCACUCUUGAGAUGCCUGGCAACAAAGAGACCUUAGAGGCCAUUGCAAACAGUGAAGGAAAACGAAAGCGCAAUUGCCCAUCUGUAACUUGUGGUGGCCCUUCUAUCAGAUAUGGUCAACGUAGACCUCUCAUGGCAGAAAUGACAUCACUUAAGAUCACACCAGCAACAACUCUGGAAACUUUCUCAAAGGUGAUUGUCAUUGAAAUUGGUGAUCUGCCAAACAUAAGGACCAGUGAACCCAUUCUGUCCUUACCAAGUAACAGAUUACAGAGAUUGGUGAACCAGGUUAUCACUGCUCAACAGACUGGAGCUCUAGAAAAUGUCCUAGGUAUGACUGUUGGGGCUCUACUAGUGACUCAGUCCAAGGGAGUCACAGGAUAUAGAAAUGCAAGUAGUUUAAUAACUGGGAACCUGAUAUACACCCGGCCCUCAAAGCUUUCCAUCCUGGUGCAGCCUUCUGAUGGAGAAGUGGGAAUAGAAUUGCCAGUUCAGCCACGGCUUGUCUUCCUGGAUGAGAAGAAUGAGAGAGUAGAGUCUUUGGGUCUCCCCUCAGAACCUUGGAUUAUUUCAGUUUCUCUAGAAGGGGCAUCUGAAUCAGUGCUUAAAGGGUGUACCCAGGCAGAAACACGGGAUGGCUAUGUGACCUUCUCUAGAUUGACUGUCUUGAUCUCUGGGUCAAACUGGCACUUGGUUUUUACUGUUAUAUCCCCUCCAGGUACUAAUUUUACAGCUCGAUCCAGAACCUUUGUUGUCUUGCCCGUGGCCAGCAAGGAGAGAUCAACUAUCAUCUUGGCCUUGUCCCUGUGCUCAGUGGCAUCAUGGGUGGCUCUGAGCUGUCUUGUUUGCUGCUGGUUUAAGAAAAGCAAAACCAGAAAAAUAAAACCAGAAGACAUAUCUGAAUCCCAGGCUAAGGAAGAAAAGAAGAAUACCCAUAAUUCCUCCAAACCCAGAGGACUACAAGUAAAGACAGCAAAAGAGAACACUUUGAUGGGAGAAGAUAUGAGAAUGAAGGUCAUGCAGGGAAUGCAGAGCCAGUUUCCCCAACACUCAAUGGAUGGAGUGUCCAAAAGGAAAGUUAGCCGCCUUGCUGCCACAGAGGAAAGAACAGCUACACCUGCCCCAAAGAUUCCCAGAAUCACCUGUGUUCCAGGAUCUCUUGCUCAGCAGCUGACACUGCAGGAGCCUGGGAACUGGCAGGAGGCCCAACAGCAAUUGCUCAGAUACCAGCUGGCAGGCCGCAAUCAGCUGCUCCUGUUACGCCCAGACCUCAGGCAAGAGAGGAAACAGGGUCAGGAGCCUAGCCAGCUGGACAAAGGGAGUGACUGCACUGGACUUUCUCAAGAGAAGGCCAGUUGCAUUACCACUGAGACUUUCUGCCUCCACACUGCUCCACCAGAAACUAUCCAGUAACAGCUGUGGGCAUGGAGCACUGUGGGCAUUUGUAUGAAAAGGAGAAAAUAUUCAAAAUUAUUUCUGCAUUGUAAAUGGGGGAGGAGAGGUCUGAUCUGUUUGGACAAAUAAGGAGAAUGUGAACUCUAAAUCUUUAAACUUUAAUAUGGAAGACAGUCAGGCAAAUGCUUGUAGACUGAGAUUGUAAUCAAUCAUGUCUCUUGUACCUCUCAUUGAUCCUACCCAAGUCCAGCAAAUAAUAGGAUCUCAAAGGCUUGCUGAUAUUUUCUGGGGUUCAAAUUGGUUACGUUGCAGCCAACUUAAUACCUGUGCUAUAUAUACUGAGUUUCACUAAGUAGGAACUAUGAUUAAGAUUCCCUCUAGUGAACACUCAGGAUGCUUUAGGGUUGUUUCAUGGAAGACCUGUGAUAGCUUUAGUUAGCUAAUGUUGUAUCUGCAGUGCUAUAGAAAUACCCAGCGGAUAUUUUACACCAAAGUUUACCCUCCAAACAGAGUUAACUUAAUAAAAGUUACUUGUAGAUUUUAUUUCAUGGUUUAAAUUCAGUCAUUAACAGGCACUCACUGCAUUGGAAACAUUAUCAUUUAUACUUCAUGAGUACUUGUAUAAGAAAGAUGAUGGUCACAUGGGAUUUGUUAGGAUUUCAGUAAGGAAAAGUGUAAUACUAAGUUUAGGCAAAAAAAAAUUAUGUACUAUAGUUACAUUUUACAUUAUGAGUAUUUGUAUGAAAUGGGGAAAUAUUCAAAAUUAUAUCUACAUGGUAAAUGGGCAAGGAGAGGUCUAUCUGUUUGGACAAUAAAGGGAUAAUGUGGACUCUCAAUAUUUUGACUUAUUAGUUCUAAUAUUUUCAUUUAGUUGGGUCAAAUUUACAAUGACAAGGAAAUUUUCCUGGAAGACUAAACAUAACCUAAUGAUAAAGUGCAUUAAUAGUUAUAAUAGAACUGAUUGAGAGAGGGCUCUAACCCCCAGACUCAGAUGAGAUCACCAUCUUGUAUCCUGGGUUUCUCAGAGACCAGUCCACACAG